AUGAUUCAAAGUAAGAAGAGAUGUGGAUCGUCUGAGUCAAGAUGAAAGCCAAUCCCACAGCUCAUCAGACCAAAUGGGGAUAUGCAAGCUAUUGAGCGAAAUUGCAUUAAAAAUGGGUAUUCUGGAGAAUACAAUGGACAAGAAAUGCGAAAUAAGCCGCCUUGCACCGCUAGCUUUGGGAAUAAAACUGACAUAGAGCUCUAA